GUUUAUGAUGGGUGCAACAGUUGAGCAACUUUGAGGUUGUGAUAAUUGAAAUGCGGAAGUACAUUUGUUMUGGCUGAACAAGCUUGUUCGCAUAUUUCUACAAUUAAUCUUCUUAAAAUCGGAUUUUAAACCUAACCAAACUGCUAACUUAAUGCCCCAACCUUAAAUUAAGACCAACAAGCUUCUUUUCCCCCGUUAAUUUUUACGAUAUAUCCAUUUUUACUUUGUGGCUGUGUUAUCUAGUGGGAACCUCUAGUUAGCUAGCUAGCUACCCUCUGGCUAAAGUGUACUGCAAUUUUGCAUAAAAAGUUGAUUGAUUAUCCAAGUACUAGUUUGAAAAAUAUGCACCGGGCAUCAAAAUGAUCUCCUGCAUAGUUUUAAAAGGUAUGAUUCAGAGGUUCAAGAGUUUUACUCCUGAGUUCAGGCUCACGAGUGGGAUUGUUUCUGUCAUUAUAGUAUCAUUUGUUUUGUUUAUUGUCACUACAUUUUUCGGUUUAUCAGAGGAUGUCUUCAGUCUUGGAAUGACAGUUUUUGGCAAUGGUCAUGUGCACAAGCUCAUCACAUACUCCUUCCACCACAAGACAGUGACCCAGCUACUCCUCAGUAUUGGGGUUCUGGGGCCUCUCUGUGGUGGCAUUGAGAAGAAUGUGGGCACUGUUCGGUUCCUCUUCAUGUUUCUGCUGCUCUCUAUCAGCACAGGGGUGUUGUACAGCAUAUUGGGUCUGCUACUGUUUGGUGCAUCUGCCCAGAACCAGGUGGAGGGGUUCAUUCCAGUAUCCCUCUCCCUUAUGUGUAUGGCCACAGUGCACUCCCGUAUGGUUAAGGGCUUUCUUUUCGGGGUCACUGUACCCAUGUUAGCCCUGCCCUGGCUGUUUCUGUUCAUCAUAACACUUUUGGUCCCACACACUGUGUUCCUUUGCAAUGUCAUCGCCAUCAUCGCAGGGGGGAUCUACGGAAAGGGCUGGCUCUCACUUCUGGACAUGUCCGAUGCCAGGGCAUCAGUGCUGGACAAGAAGAUGCCUUUCAGGCUGCUGAGGAACAUUGGUGUCCUGUAUGUCCCUGCAUCAAUAGAGGCGAGAAGGAAGACGGUCCACCCACCAAUAAUUCCAACCCCAGGCUCCUACCCAGUCCAAGCCUACGCUCCAGUGUCRUCUACCUCCAACCUACAGGCUACCGAGACCACACCAAAGACAUUUGAAGGCUGGGCCCACUCCUACUAUACACAGGGGAGCCCUGUUCAGCUCUCAGGUUAUUACGGACACAACCAUGGAUAUGGCAUCAAGCAUAGCUUUGGGCCAAGUCACGGACACGGUCACAAACAUGGAUACAGCUGCAGCCACAGCCAAGGUCAUGGACAUAGUCACGAACACAGCUUCGGCCAUGGACUCAGUCAUGAGCAUGCAUCUGCCUCUCAAACCAGCAGUCACUGUGCUCCAGUGGCUCAACAUCCACAUUCUCAACAUUCCCACCUCAGUCCACUGUCUGUGUCUGUCAGUGCCCCCCAGAGUUUCACAGCAAACAUGCCGGAGUCACUGCCAGAAUCUGUGACGGUUCAUCCAGGAGCACCUGUGUCUUCACUGACAGAUUGAUGACUUCAAUCAGUAACACCAAAACUCGCUAUAGCUCAAUUGAAAUUUAUGGGCAAUGUUAUCGAAGACCGGAAAUUACCUUUAKAUUUCAAGUGUGCUAUUCCUUGUAAAAAAUUAUUGUAAAAACGUCAACUCAUGGUAUAACUAAUAACA